GCGCGUUUCGAAAGCCACCAGCGUUUGUGUAAGUAAAGCGAAACUCCGUAACGGUGCCGUUACAGGUCUCCGACACACUCGCAAACGGGACUAUAACGAUAAACUCCGUCCGCUCGCUAAGGAAUCGAAUCUCAUCCGUUGAAAUAAUCAACGGCUCGCACUUCGUUCAUCUCUCUCCUUCUCCCCUCCCCCCCCCACCAAAAUCUCCUCUGCUUUUUUAAUAAGAGAAGACAGUACCAGAAAUAGAAAGAAGCAGAGAGCAAAAAAAACAAGAGAGAGAGAGAGAGAGAGAGCGAUGAGCGAGAGAGAUCCUAACUGCAAGCGUGAUGCGCGAGCGCUUGAAGCUCCGAGCGCAAGCGACUCGCAACUCAAGAAGAAGAAGCUCGAUGAUGACUCUCAUGGCGUCGUCUUCCUCGCGGUUCCUUCUCCUUCCGUGGCUUCAUCGGAUGAUUCCUCUCGAGGCGGAUGCUCUGUUACCUCCGCCGGAGAAGACGAUGACAAGAGCUCGAUCAUCUGUUUCAGCAGUGAAUCGAACGAAAUCCCGAGGAAGAGUCCGACUGUUUCUGCAGAUCUGGAGACUCAUCAAAUCUCCGAUGAUCUCUCUGUUUCUGGGCGCAUCUCUCACAGAAACGAGGCGAAUCCAGCGAGUGAAGCUUUGGGAGAAACAACAGAGAUGGAAGCAUCAUCGGCGGAUGAUCGGAAAAGUUCACCGGAAGUGAGCAAGAGUCCGACGCCGGCGGAGAUUGAGGAGUUCUUAUCGGAGCUAGAGAAUAAAGAUCAGAAGCGUUUCAUGGAUAAGUACAACUUCGAUAUCGUUAAUGACAAACCGCUCCAAGGUCGCUACAAGUGGGAUCGAGUUAAGCCAUUAAAAUAAUGAAAAUAGCAUGUGGAAGAAGAUGGUAGUUUUUUUUCUUCUAGUUACAUUCCAUUUGUACAGCCCUCUCUCUCUCUCUUUAUUUUCUUCUAAUUAAUCAUUUUAGCCUUUGUUAGUUGUACAAAUGAAAAAAACACAAGGUUUAUAUCGAGAUUUCCGAUCUUGACUAAGUAAGUAAUCACUAUGGGUUUUGAUUUUGUGGGUU